CUCAUUUCUCAAUCUCAGAUCAUCAUCACUAUAAGAGCAGUGCCGGCGAGCACCGUCGACGACGUCCACGUUCAUGUUGCUGAAACCUCUUUGACCUGUUGAAUAAAGCAUUUUGUCCCAUUUAGCCAAUGAGAGGAACCAUUGGUGUAAGGCUCCAAAACACCAACAUUUCCAAUGCCACCAGAAAAACACUAGUUCCAUUUUCUACAUCUUCCAGCUCUGGUGGUGGUGGUCGUGGUCGUGGAGGCUCUCUCCCUGACUCGGGGCUGUUCAACUUCAAUGAAAGAGCUCCGGGCAAACCUAAUUCCAAUGAGUCCAAAUCUGAUACACCAGAGUCACCCAUUCCUCCUGCUUCUGGUCAUGGCCAUGGCCGUGGCAAGCCAAUUUCUCCUCCAUCAGGUCUUCCUUCUUUCUCAUCAUUUUUGUCUUCCAUAAAACAGCCGUCAGCUGGCCGUGGCCGAGCUGUUGGUCCAUUAGCAUCUCAACCUGAACAUGAUUUGCAGCCACCAGAUUCUGGACCCAAAAAACCAAUUUUCUUCAAAAGAGAGGACAGUGUUUCUUCCUCAGUCACAGAUGAUGUUUCACCACCCAAAAAACCCAUAUUUCCUGAAAUGGAGGGUGUUGUCAAACCAACGGCCAGAUCAGGUGAUAAUGAAAAUGCUAAUAAUCUUCCAGGGAGCAUACUAGGGGUGUUUUCUGGACUUGGGCGGGGGAAGCCCAUGAAACAGGCAGAUCCAGACGCUCAAGUUGCUGAAGAGAAUAGGCAUCUCCGCACUCAACAAGCUCCAGGUGCUGCUGCAUCUGAGACUGUAUCUGAGAGACAGACAAUACCAAGCCAGGAUGGUGCAGAAGAGAAUAGGCAUCUCCGCACUCGUCGAGCUCCAGGUGCUGCUGCAUCUAAGACUGUACCUGAGAGACACCCAUUACCAAGCAGGGAUGAUGCAGUGAAGAAUGCACGUAAAAUUUUGUCACGGGGUGAUGUUGAUGGAAGUAGUACUGGAAGAGGAAGAGGAUUUAGAGAGACAGAUGAGCUUGGUCCAGGCCGAGGCAGAGGAAGAGGCAGAGGCCGGGGUGUAGGAAGGGGAAGGUUUAGAGAGAGGGAUGCAGCAAGGGAAGUAGUUCGUGAGGUUCAGUCUACACAGGAUUCCUAUGGUGAUGGGCUGUUUGUUGGAGAUGAUGCAGAUGGCGAGAAAUUAGCCCGGAAGUUUGGGCCUGAGAUAAUGGAUCAGUUGACUGAAGGAUUUGAGGAGAUGGCUAGUAGAGUUUUACCCUCACCAUUGGAGGAUGAGUAUUUGGAAGCAUUAGACAUUAAUUAUGCAAUCGAAUUUGAGCCAGAAUAUUUGAUGGGUGAGUUUGAUAGGAAUCCAGAUAUUGAUGAGAAGGAACCAAUACCACUUCGGGAUGCACUUGAGAAGAUGAAACCAUUCUUGAUGGCAUAUGAGGGGAUUCAAAGUCAAGAAGAGUGGGAGGAAAUAAUGGAAGACACAAUGGCACGAGUUCCAUUACUGAAAAAGAUUGUCGAUCACUACAGUGGACCAGAUAGGGUAACUGCAAAGAAGCAACAAGAGGAAUUAGAGAGAGUUGCCAAAACUCUUCCUGCAAGUGCACCAUCUUCUGUGAAUCAAUUUACUAACCGUGCUGUUAUCUCUCUUCAGAGCAACCCAGGCUGGGGAUUUGACAAGAAAUGCCAUUUCAUGGAUAAGCUAGUUUGGGAGGUAUCUCAGCAUUACAAAUAAUUUAAUAUGCUUUUCAAGCUUAAACAUGGUGGGUUUCAAGACAUACAUCAAUGUCCAUUGUAAUGUGGAAAGUCAUGGGCCCUGCUUUCAGUUUAAUUUUUUAAUUUUUAUUGUUUUUUUUAUUAAAAAGCUGCUAUAACGCUUGUAAUAAUAUGAAUGAUAGUUAUCUUGUAGAAUACAAUAGUCAUAUACUUUGUAAUAAUUUCUCAUUUUAUUUAUAUUAUUGGC